AUGGCCGCCCAGUGGCAACGGGAAAGUUCCGAGGGCGAAGAUGAGGCCGAACCUGUCGAAGUUGAGCACGACGAAGAAGCCGCCGACACGAUGGUGGCCAGGCUACGCGAUGUUGAGCACUCGAUCCAAGCGGUUGAGCGCAGGAUCUCCUUCAAAAAUCGGGGCCACCAGACGUCUAGCCCAAGCUCAACACCGAGGAGGGAGAGGCGACGUCGAGAAGCCGAAGAUUCGGGGUCUUCUGAGAAUUCGACGUCUUCUGAUGAUUCUGGGAUCGAUCGACGGUUGAGUAUCGAUGAAGAGGAUGGGAAACACUAUCAGAAGAAGCGGAACAAGUCGAAGAGCUUGGCGAAGAAGCUGUCCCGAGCGAGGAGCAAAUCGUUGGGGCUGAUUUUUGGUGAGUUUUUGGGGUUU